UGGCGCUAAAUGAAAGUAAAAGAUGUCGAAAGUCAAUAAAAUAAUAAUGUACUUAUUUAUCACAUGUCAUGCUUAAAAUUUGUGUCAGAUUCUACAGCAAUAUUCCAACAAUGGUUCGAGUACUGAAUGUAGCGGAAAAGAAUGAUGCUGCUAAAUGUAUUGCUGAAGUUAUGUCCAGAGGAGGCUAUCGAAAAGUAUUUUUACUUCACAUUUUUUCCGGCAAGAUAGCAGUGGUGAGAGAAGGUUUUUCAAAGUUCAACAAAAUCUAUGAAUUUGACUAUAAUGUGUUCCGUCAGAAUUGCCAGAUGAGUAUGACAUCUGUUUCUGGUCAUUUAUUAGGCCUUGAUUUUGUAGGACAAUAUAAAAAAUGGUAUUCAUGUAAUCCUGUUCAAUUAUUUGAUAUUCCAGUUACAAAACACUGUCCAGAUAAUUUCAUUGAUAUAAAGCGUACGUUGGAAAGAGAAGUAAAAGGUUGUAAAUAUUUGAUUAUAUGGACAGAUUGUGAUAGAGAAGGAGAAAAUAUUGGAUAUGAAGUUAUACAAGUCUGUAAAGAAGCUAAACCUUCUAUUCAAGUGUACAGGGCAAGAUUUUCUGAAAUAACUCCACAUGCUAUUAAUCGUGCCAUUCAGAAUCUAGGGCCACCAGAUAAAAAUGUUAGCGACGCUGUUGAUGUUCGUUCAGAGCUUGAUCUUAGAAUAGGAGCUGCAUUCACUAGAUUUCAGACACUUCGAUUACAGAAAGUUUUUCCAGAUGUAUUAAGUGAUCAGUUGAUAAGUUAUGGAAGUUGUCAGUUUCCUACAUUAGGUUUUGUUGUAGAAAGAUAUAAACAAGUAGAGGCCUUUAUUCCAGAACCAUUUUGGAAAAUAAAAGUUACUCAUUUGAAUGAUGAAAUAAAAGCUGAUUUUAGUUGGAAAAGAAAUCGUCUCUUCAAUCAUUUAGCAUGUCUAGUCCUAUAUGAACAAUGCACAGAGUUACCUAUAGCAACUGUUGUUGAUGUCAGAAGUAAAAGUAAAAGUAAAUGGAGACCACAAGCUUUAGAUACAGUCGAAAUGGAAAAGCUUGCUUCAAGAAAAUUGCGAAUAAAUGCCAAAGAGACAAUGAAGAUAGCCGAGAAACUGUACACUAAUGGUUUUAUUAGCUAUCCACGUACAGAAACUAAUAUAUUUCCUAAAGAACUGAAUUUGACAGCUCUUGUUGAAGAUCAAACUAGAGAUCCUAAUUGGGGAGCAUUUGCUGAGGGGAUAUUACAGAAUGGACCAAAUCCUAGAAAUGGUAAAAAAACAGAUAAUGCUCAUCCACCGAUACACCCCAUAAAAUAUACAGCUACAUUACAGGGAAAUGAACAGAAAGUGUAUGAAUUCAUAGUGCGUCAUUUUCUGGCUUGUGUUUCUCAAGAUGCGCAAGGCUUUGAAACAACGGUUGAUAUUGAAAUAGCAGACGAAAAGUUUACUGCAUCGGGACUCAUGAUAAUAGCUAAGAAUUAUUUAGAAGUUUAUCCAUAUGAAAAAUGGAAUGCAAAGGAAAUUCCAGUAUAUAAUAUUGGUGAUAAAUUUGAACCAUCAUCAAUUGAGUUGAUCAGUGGUGAAACUGCAGCACCACCAUUACUUACUGAAGCUGACCUUAUAGCUUUAAUGGAUAAACAUGGCAUUGGUACUGAUGCUACACAUGCUGAACAUAUAGAAACUAUUAAAAGUCGAUCUUAUGUUGGUUUAAGGCCAGAUGGUAAAUUUGUGCCAGGACAUUUAGGCAUGGGACUUGUUGAAGGUUAUGAUUCGAUGGGGUAUGAAAUGUCUAAACCUAAUCUACGUGCAAACUUAGAGAAUGAUCUCAAACUGAUUUGUGAUGGUAGAAAAGACAAAAAUAUUGCCUUACAAGAACAAAUACAGAAAUAUAAACAGGUUUUUAUUCAGGCAUGUGAGCAGGCAGCAAGACUAGAUGAAGCCCUUGCUCAGUAUUUAGGAGAAGCAAGACCUUUUACUGCAGCACAAGCUCCAAUGCCUGAAAUACAACCAAGAGUAAAAACAUGUCCUAAUUGUAACCAAGAUAUGGUACUUAAAACCAAGAAAGAUGGAAAAGGUUUUUAUAUUGGAUGUAUGGGAUAUCCAGACUGUAGAAAUGCAAUAUGGCUGCCAGAUUUUGUGCUAGAAGCAAAUGUUGUUGAUGAAAUAUGUGACAGGUGUCAAAUCAACAAGAUGAAAUUUAAAUUUAAACGAGGAUCAGUUCCACCCAUGAUAGAACCAGAUAGUUUAAUAUGUAUUGGUGGUUGUGAUGAGAUGAUAUCAGAAGUUUUAAAUAUACAAAGAACAAGAGCACCAACUCAAGCUAAUCCAGUGAAUGUGAAUACAUCAAUACGAAGUCAGAAUGGUAUACCAGAUAGUGGUUAUAAUAGUUUUAAUAGUACAAGAAGUAAUAAUUCUAGUUUUAACAGCACACGAACUAAUAAUUCACAAUCACAAAAUAACUCUAUUACCAGAAAUACCACAUUCAAUAGAUCAAAUAGCAAUAAUGGCAAUAAAAACUACACAACUCAAGCAGUUGCGAAUAGGGGAGGUAAUUCACGUCCUGCAUUGCAUUUAUCACAACAGAAUAAUAUGAAUAGUGGUAAUAGUGAUGGUGGACAUGGUUCAGCUAUUGUGUGUAAUUGUGGUGAUGAUGGUAUUUUACUUACUGUUAGAAAAGAUGGACCAAAUCAAGGUCGUCAGUUCUAUAAAUGUAGUAAACCAACUGGUACUGGUUGUAAUUUCUUUCUGUGGGCAGAUGAAAACACAACAACAGUCAGUAAUACAACUAAUAAUAACAAUUAUACAGUUAACAGACAAGAUAACUAUAAUAACAGACCACCACAAGCCAAUCAGUGGAAUAAUUCAUUGGGUGAUAAUAUUCAAUGUCCAUGUGGUUUACCAGCUAAAAGUUUAACAGUACAAAAAGAUGGUCCUAACAAGGGGCGGCCAUUUUAUGGUUGUUCAAAACCUAGAGUUGAAUCCUGUGGAUUUUUUCAGUGGGGAGAUCAACCUUCUGAUGCAGGGGGAGGAAUGGGAAGAGGAAAUGGUGGUGGAGCUGGGAAUAAUCAGAUGGGUUAUAAAAGACAAGGUGGGGCUGGUCCUCAAACAGAUGGUGGUGGUGGUGUCAAGAAAAGAAAAUGUGGAAUAUGUCAUGUUGAAGGUCAUACAAGGAAGACAUGCCCACAGAGAUGAUUGUUGAAUGUAUGGUUGUUUUUAGAGUGAAUGCUAUAUCUAUUUAUAACAUGGAGUUGUGUUUGUGUUCUAUGAAAUAAUAGAAUAUUUAAAAUCAAAUAUUGUUUUUUAUUUUUCAAAGGACACAAACCUGUUGAUUUCUUUGUUUAUUUCACUAAAAUUCAAUUGAGAUAUACUCAAUUUGUCAUAAAUGUUAAAAUUUAUAUGAAUUAAAUCAUUUGCUAAGAAACCUGCAUUUCAUACUGCAAAGGUUCACCCCCAAGAAACCGGUGUCCAGUAUUAAAUAAAUAAGGGAAAAUACCUGUAGAACACUCAUUUCAUAGCAAGAUAAUAUAGUAGGCUACUUUUCUAAUUUGGAGGGAAGUUUCAUGAAUGAAUUGGCAUGUAAAAUAAUUGGUGAUAAAUAGUGAGUGAAAUGGGGUUUAACAUCCACUCGACAGAAACUAACAUAUUGUUUCAUUUAUUCGCCUGUGCAUAAGGGUCUUUAACAGUGGAGGUAAACCCAAGGACCAAGAGAAAACCCACAAGGUUGGAUGGACAACCCUACCCCUCAUCACAUACAAGCUGAGAAUUGAAACCAUGCCAUGUGAAACAGCAAUAAUUAAACAAAAGUGUAAUUUAAAGUAUUUUUGUUUGCUUCAGUAUAUUUAUUGGUAAUAAAUUUUCUGCAUUUACCAAAAUUAAUCAACAAACACCAUGCGCCUUAUAUACAUGUAUAUAUAAAACGCGAUUGUUCGUACAAUUGGGGGCUAUUAUUCAUGAAGUUACCAUCCAAUACAUGCCAAUAUCGAUAGGAACCAAGAUCUAUUUGAUAUAAACCUACAUUAUAUUUCAAGUUUCGUCAAAAUAGGAUAAAAAUUGUGACCUGUAGAGUGUCCACAAACAAAAUGU